GCAGCGCUGAGGAGACCCGAGCCGGGCGGGGAGGAGGGGACGCAGUGCGGGCGGCGGGAGCGAGGAGCGGGGCCCAUGCGCGGCGGCGGGGGCAGCAGCACCGGCCCGCUAGCACCAGCCAGCGCAGGGUCCCGCGGAGCCGGCUCCGGGGCAGCCGAGUGAGCGCGGCGGAGGCCGGGUAGGGGCGGCAGGAUGAAGUUCGCCGAGCACCUCUCCGCGCACAUCACGCCCGAGUGGCGGAAGCAGUACAUCCAGUAUGAGGCUUUCAAGGAGAUGCUGUAUGCAGCUCAGGACCAGGCCCCUUCUAUAGAAGUCACAGAUGAGGACACGGUGAAGAGGUAUUUUGCCAAGUUUGAGGAGAAGUUCUUCCAAACCUGUGAGAAGGAACUUGCCAAAAUCAACACUUUUUAUUCAGAAAAGCUUGCCGAAGCUCAGCGCAGGUCCGCUACCCUUCAGAAUGAACUACAGUCAUCUUUGGAUGCACAGAAAGAAACUAGUGGUCUUACCACAGUGCGGCAGCGCAGAAAGGCAGUCUUCCACCUGUCCCAUGAGGAGCGUGUUCAGCAUAGGAACAUCAGAGACCUAAAACUGGCCUUCAGUGAGUUCUACCUCAGCCUCAUCUUACUGCAGAACUAUCAGAACCUGAAUUUCACAGGAUUCCGUAAGAUCCUGAAGAAGCAUGACAAGAUCCUGGAGACACCCCGGGGUGCAGACUGGCGGGUGGCCCAUGUGGAGGUGGCACCAUUCUAUACUUGCAAGAAAAUCAACCAGCUCAUCUCUGAAACAGAGACUGUGGUGACCAAUGAGUUAGAAGAUGGAGACAGACAGAAGGCCAUGAAGCGUUUACGUGUCCCACCCUUGGGAGCUGCUCAGCCUGCACCAGCAUGGACCACUUUCAGGGUUGGCUUGUUCUGUGGCAUAUUCAUUGUGCUAAACAUCACUGUCAUUCUUUCAGGUGUGUUUUUUAUAGAGGGACCAAAUGUGUGGCCACUGGUGAGAAUCUAUCGAGGUGGCUUUCUCCUGAUAGAAUUCCUCUUCCUCCUGGGCAUCAAUACAUAUGGCUGGAGGCAGGCUGGAGUGAAUCAUGUCCUCAUCUUUGAACUCAAUCCCCGCAGCAAUUUAUCCCAUCAGCAUCUCUUUGAGAUUGCUGGAUUCCUUGGGAUGUUGUGGUGCUUGAGCCUGCUGGCAUGUAUAUAUGGCAAAUUCACCCAUGUCCCUAUGCAGGUGAACCCACUCAUCUUGUAUGGAUUCAUGUUGCUUUUCCUCAUCAACCCCACCAAAACUUUGUAUUACAAGUCCCGGUUUUGGCUGCUCAAACUGUUGUUCCGGGUGUUCACAGCCCCCUUCCAUAAGGUAGGCUUCGCAGAUUUCUGGCUGGCCGAUCAGCUCAACAGCUUGGCUGUGAUACUUAUGGACCUGGAGUACAUGAUCUGUUUCUACAGCUUUGAGCUGCAGUGGGACAACAGUGCCGGACUGUUGGCAGAUACAGGUGAUCAGAUUUGUAACAGCUACUCCUACGGUGUGCGAGCAGUUGUCCAGUGCAUCCCUGCUUGGUUGCGUUUUAUCCAGUGCCUGCGCCGUUACCGUGACACCAAACGGGCCUUUCCUCAUCUGGUUAAUGCUGGCAAAUACUCCACCACCUUCUUCAUGGUGACAUUUGCAGCCCUUUACAGCACUCACAAAGCUCAAAACCACAGUGACACCCAAGUGUUCUUCUACCUGUGGAUUGUCUUCUAUUUAAUCAGCUCCUGCUACACUCUUAUUUGGGACCUGAAGAUGGACUGGGGUCUCUUUGACAAGAAUGCUGGUGAAAAUACCUUCCUUCGGGAAGAGAUCGUCUACCCACAGAAAGCAUAUUACUAUUGUGCCAUUGUGGAGGAUGUAAUCCUGCGCUUUGCCUGGACCAUCCAGAUCUCCCUCACUUCCAUGCAAAUCUUUCCUUAUGCUGGGGACAUCAUCUCUACUGUCUUUGCACCACUCGAGGUUUUCCGGCGGUUUGUGUGGAAUUUCUUCCGUCUGGAGAAUGAGCAUCUGAACAACUGUGGUGAGUUCCGUGCUGUCCGGGACAUCUCAGUGGCACCAAUGAAUGCUGAUGAUCAGACGCUACUAGAGCAGAUGAUGGACCAGGAAGAUGGUGUCCGAAACCGCCAGAAGAACAAGGUGUGGAAGCGUAGCCAGAGCGUGUCCCUGCGCCGACCUAAUCUUUCUUCACAAUCCAAGCCUCGUGACACCAAGAUAUUGAUCGAGGACACAGAUGACGAAGCAAACACAUGAAACGUCCACAGAUUCUAGUUCCACAUCCCUUAUUUUCUUGCUCUACUACCCUUUCCCAGACCAAUCCAACCUCUGGUGCAGUUCCAGCUGAAAACAGGAGAAAACACUGAACACAUUUUCCGAGCUCUUCCGGACCGGAUCCUAUGGACUCCAACAAGCUCACUGUGUUUCUUUUCUUCUGGUUUAAUUUUCAUUUUCUACUUUUAAAAUAAAUAUUUACUUCGUUUUGCCAAUCAGAGGACAGUUAAGGAAAGAAGUAUCUAAGAAUUGUUUACAAUCACAACAAGGACACAAAACCCUAUCUGGAUGAAGAACAAGCAUCAUAGGGACUCCCUGAUGGGACAGCACUGAGAAUAUACUCUGCUUCUGCUUGGCCCAGUUUCGACUGGUUUAAACCGGACUUGGGUUUUUAAAUUUGUGUUUUGUUUUUUUCUUUCCUUCAUAUCCAGCGCUGAGGCACUGGCUGCACUUGCCGGUAAAGUGCACUUAGAGCAGUACCUUCAUUCACGAAGCUACUUUUUAAUUUGAUGUAAUUUUUCUUAUAAUUUUUUUGGAAAUACGAUGUAUUUGUUGCUUACAGUUUUCACAUUAUUUAUGAAACUUAACCAUAUGAGAAUGAUUUUUUGAGUCCUGUGCAAUGAAGGCGAUAACAGUAAAACAAGGCAGGGGGAUGUAGAUCUGGAUCGCUUUUGUGAGGGUUAUGCCCUGCGAAUACCUCUUUCAUGAGAUAAUUUGCACCAGUUUGACCCUUUUUCUCUUCAGUUUAGUUUUAUUUAUAAACCAAAGUUUUUCUUUCUGGUUUUAGUUGCUGCUGCUGCUUCAGAAGCCUGAGCAUGUUUCACAUACUGGUUCAUGGUCAUCUUUCCAUGUGGCCAUGCAAAGAUGCAAAUGAUUCUGAGAAUUUGUUUUAAAAGAGAGUUGUAAUAAAUCUUGCCACAAGGCCAAACACCCAGGCAAAAAAAGGGGAGUUGGUGUUUAGGUUAACAACUGUUUUUUUCAAAGCCUUAAUCUUCAUGAGAUAAGGUGAGAGUACUGUCCACCCCGUUAAAUAGGAGCUUUCCCAUUGUUCUGCCUCCGCUAACUACAGCAAAAAUAAAAGUGGAUGAGAUGAGGACAUGAUCUUUCCCAUGUCUGGGAGGGGGGCGUUGUUACAUGUUUUGAUUCAUAGGUGGCUACACUUCAGAGAAUUGGCACCCCUGACCCAGUUUGCUGUGGGGCAAGGAGAUGGUUGUGUGUUGGCCAUAGGGUAGGGAAGUUGGUAUUAAAUUAGAAGUCUUUAAUGACAUUUUAUUUUAUGUGUCUUGCCAGGCUUUGGCAAAGUGUUCUCUACCAGUCACUUCCUGAGCACACCUUCAGGUUGCUUUGUUUCUUUCCCGUCCUUUGCACCCUCUCCUCAGUGUAAUCUAAAACCAGUUAAGUGGUAGGUCAGUCUUGCACUGGAGUGUGAAUGAUCAUACUCAGCAGGCUAGGGUUUAAGGACAUCAUACUGCUUAGCAAUUUCAGUAGAAAUGAUAAGGCCAGCUUAAUAAGCUUUGUAUAUUUUGAUAUCACCACCCCCCCUCUUAGAGAGCAGCAUGAGUGUUUGAGAGGGCCAUGCCCUACACCACUGCCGGCUUUAAUGCUUGCAGAAAACUUCAAUGUUUAAUAUUAAUAAAAUCUUAUUUGUGCCUUGCUUUAUUGCGUGUAAGGUUAACACCAGGGACUGGGAGAAGCUGCUUCAGUUCCCUUUAAUCCUAUCCUUAACCCAAGGCUCGACUUUACAGCAGGGACUGUUGAAAACUUUGCAUCUUUUUCUUAUGGGCAUGGUCACUGUUUUUGCUGCUCUGUGUCCUUGUUUUUAACCACUCUUCCAUGUAUCCCAAGUACUCUCUUAGUUCUUUGGCAGUUCCAGUAGCUAGGUAUAUACAGUUAUUGUUCAGACUCCAAGUGGCAGAUGAACACCCUCAACUAAGUAGGAACCAUUUUUGACUUCUGUUCCUUGUUUUGUAUUUACAUUUCUAGCAGUCAGAUGCUAGGAAUCCCUGCUCAGCUGCUGUUAAAUAAUUUUUCUUUCUUUAGCCAAUCAUAUGGCUUCUUCCAUAUGGCUGGUGUGCUGCUUUUUCUUAGUUUGCCCAUUGUGCCUCUUGCCGGGAGGAAUUGAAGAAGGAAACGUAAUUGUAUUCAUUUAGCUUAAAUAGGGCAAAAUAACUUUAUCAUACAUUGGUGGUAGUGAACUGGUGCCCCUUGACAGAGUAAGCAUUAUCUCAAUUAUCAGCACUGUCAUAUUGCACCCUGAACUUAUCAAGAAACUUUGCUGAGCUGCCAGGAAAGGCCUCAGCACUACCACUGAUCUACUGAAAGUGAUAGUGUCAUUCCGGUGGAAUAGAUGAUUUGUGUAUUGUUAUUUCUCCACCAACGUGACCAGGGCUAGCUGCUAUUUCAGCACCAGCCCAUUCUGGUGAGAAAAAUCUGAACAAUACAGACUAACCCAGAAUUCUGUCGUUGACCCUUUUGGUGCCCAGGAGUCUGACUCCCCUGAUCUUGACUCACUGAUGCUUCUUGUUCAGACGCUGACAGAUGCACCUGUCCAGCAGGAAGUGGAGUUUGAGAUGGAAAGCUCUCUAAAGUAUUUCAGUCCACUAUUUUGCAUUUCAGUGGUUUUUGCUGUAUUUGCAAUGUUUGAUUCCACACGAAACAGAGAGCUCAUUCUCCUGGGAGGUAACUAUGAUACUCCAGCUAAUAACAAUUGGAAUAUCAUCAGCAACUAAAACUGUCAGAGAAUAGCGAUGCCAUACAUGCCAGUGGGCAGUUUAAAAAGAGUAGCAGCCAAACCAAGGGGCACAACCUGAACUAAUCGUGUCAUUACUUAAGGAAGCAUUGCUUUAAAAAGGGAAGGGUUGGGGCUUACUGAUAGCACUCUCUUGUCAAAGGAAUGGAAAGUAUCAUUGCGGCAAUUAGGGCAUCUGAAAAUAUUUUAUAACUUGGUACAGAGAGCUCUUAAAGUAUCACGGAACAAGUAGAAGCAGGUGAAACAUUGUGAAUGAGUUUCUGAGCUCAGCUAGGAGAAUCGAACAUGUUUUGGUCAGUCUGCUUCUGACAUGAGUGGUACUGCAUGAGCCGAUUGGCUUAAAAUUUAAACCCACGGAAGGAUCAAGUCAAUAAGAACUGAGAUCUUGGUCAGUUUUUUUCUGCAACGUAUCAAAACUCUGGAGGAAGAGAGAAUUUUGUUCUGUUUGUCAGUAUACCGCUCUCACCUUCUUCCUCUUCCCACCCUGCAGAAGAGCACUCUGUUUUGGGCUAUGUUUUUCCUGCCAAAAAAGUUGGGUUUUUUCACAGUGAGACAGCUAAUUGAUGUUAGCUAACUUGGUGUAAAAAUGCCUGUUUUAUGACCACAAAGACAGCCUGUGUAAUGAAGGUGUCUGUACACUUGGGUCAGGAUCCCUGACCCCCCCCCAGCAUCAUGCUCCAAAAGAACCCAGUUUCCAGAAUCACUGUACUGCCUGGUGCUGCAAGGGUUUGUAUUCUGUGACUACACAGAUUGAUUUCUGAGCCAUUCAGAAUAUAGCUCCACUCCGGAGUUAGUUCUCAAAACCUGUCUGGUUCCAUCUCUGAACAUACAGUGAUAUCUGGCCAGUUAAAUGAGAUAUAAUCGAGCAGGGCAACUAGUGAAAGAAAUAUAACCACCUCUCCUGCUGAGUGGUCUGCAAAAUGAGAAAAUGAGAGAAGAUGUCUUCUCUCUGGUGGUCACACUUCAUGAAUGACCUUUGCAAAUAUAACGGAAUGGGUAUUUGUAAAAAUACUGCUGUAGAAGACUAGUAUUACUAAAUGCAGAAUGCGCAGUGAAAGGAGAACGGGAACUGGGUUUUUUAUCUAGUGGAUUGCCUCAAACUCUCAGAUGGGAUAGCAGGAGAGCCACGAACCUGUUCUCAACUUUGUUAAGCAAAAGUUGGAAAAUGCCCAUCAUCUUCCUGUUUUAUAGCACCUAUGUUUGCGUUUCCUUUGAUCUCUCUGGGUUCUCUCCUUCCCUUAUUUGAUAUCUUAAAGGGUGCUCUUCUGCUGGAAUAGAGACCUACCCAGUGGUUCUGCUUUGUAUUCACCUGAGCUUAGAGUGGAUGGUAUUUGUCUCACCACUGGAUGGUUUUUUUAAAUGGAGAUUUUCCCCCACCCCUGUAGUUUAGAAGUUCCAAUUGGCCACAUUCAUUCCCUGUUCAAAGGGAUCUCCAUCCCUCCCAGACAUCUAAAGUUGCAUGGGGAUUGUCAGGCAAUGUUAAUCAGGCAGAUCUGUUCCCAGGCUGUCGAGAUAUUGACCACUGUGAAUCCACACUGAUCUCUAAUUCCCUGGGACUUUCCUCCAGCUUCUGACUGUACUAUAUGAAAAUGACAUUUUGAUCACUGGCAUGUGCUCAUCACAAAUCGUAGAUCUUUUUCUAUACUUUCCUGAUAGGCCAGAAUCCCUUUGCUGUGUUCCAUAGAUGAAUUUCAUCCAAGCGGAGGAAGGCAACUGGAAGAAGAAGAAAAAAAAAAAAAAACAGUGGAUUCUCUGCAUAGAACUUCAUAGAGCAAAGCUUAGUGAACUAGGGCAGAAAUCGUGGGGGAGAGCGUGCCUAUCAGGCUCAUUCUCUACUAACUUUACUGCUACCUUUCCCUUCAUAUUCUCCUGCUUUCUUAUGGCUGUAUCCUGAAUGUCUCAAUAUAUUCAUACUUCUGAAAUUCAGAUACAUUUUGGAGGCAAAUUUGCUUGCCCUGUGCCUUCCCCUAUCCUACUUCCUCUGUUUCUUCAGUAUCACUGUUUAUAUCAUGUUAUGAAGAGCAAUACAGAGGAAGAGACAGAAGCUUUCUGCAUAGAACUACAGGCAGAAGUUCCCGCUGUGGUGCAGUGAGACUGAGCCAUCCUCUGAAAAAGGAAGCUCUUCAUGCUACUAUUCUGUCACCUCCUGUUGGCUGCUCUGAUUCGUCCAGGUACCCCUUAGCUGCUGCUUCCUACAGGCCAAAAUGAACAAAUUCUCUUUCCUUCUUCUCCCCUCCGUAUGUCUGCCAGCCUUGUGCAAGGAAUCAUCUGUUCAAGACAUGCCUCCUCUCAGAAUUUAUCCUUCAGUCUUUGCCUCUGGACAAAGGGGAGAGGAAGAAUGCACUGGGCUUCGUAGUUUUCUGUAUUGCCCAUAGGAGGCUUCUGUGUCUGGGAUCACACAUCUUCACAGCAAUGUGUCUGCAAAGGGGGAUGGAGGAUUCAUUAUUUUGGGCUGCUGCACUAGUUGUGCCUGUGUAAUAUCCUGGGGGUGGUUUACCAUGAAUCCUCAAGGAAUGAUGGGGAUCAGGGCCAAAAUUUUCAAACUUGAAUACCCCAAGUGAGGCAUCUGAGUCCACGUUUGGGCAUCUGAAUAAAAGGGGCCUGAUUUUCCAAGGUGCUGAGCAGUCACAGCUUGUUGCUCAUUGUUUCUGCAAACCAGAUGACUCUCUUUUAAGUGCCUAAUUUUAGGCACCCAAGUUUGAAAAUCUCUUGCCCAUUUUGGUGAUUUAGCAAGGCCUACCUUGAAGAGUUUAGCUGACUUUAGCUCUGCUGAGCACAAGACCAACUUGACUAGGAAGUGGAUUGAGUGUCUGAACUAUAGUGCUUAGGUCAGGGCUUCACACCAGCCCGAUUCCUCCCCCCCACACACACACUUUUAUCUCUUCCACGGCGGUUCUGAGUCACUCCAAGCGGGAGAGAGCUGUUCUGCCUUAAGCAUUAUUUCUGGAAGGCUACUGAUUUAUUUUGCUCACUGAAAAAGAGGGGAUCAGGACUCCUUGUGGAAGGGUGGAGAAUCAUUAUACUAACUUCAGAUGUAAUCAGACUCUCAAUUGUAGAUCGUUAAAUCAAACCCCGCCUCUGUAACAUCAUGACAUCUGUGUGACUUGGGUCCCAAAAAUGACUCUGCAUACUUUGGGGCAAAUAUGUAGACCUGCCACAACAGGGAUUUAACCCAGAACUGGAUCAAACUGCUACUCUAGUUUACCCAUGGGAUUUCAGUCCCCACCACAACUUAAUGGGAAAAUCACCAGAGUGACACAAGAAAUGCGGAUUUCUCUGGGGGAAAGGGGCCUUUAAUAUUGGGUAAAUCCUGGGACCAGUUCCUCGUCCCUGCAGCCCAGACAAGUGUGAGGUUGCUCUGGUCUGUGUACAUCUCACAGUAGCAUCAGUGUGUUGGUGGUCAGGGGACUUACUGGAAAUCCUGGGGCUGUAAUAAGGCCAUAAAAUAUAAUCCUUUUGAGUUCUUAAAACAAAAUUGUAUGAGCCCUUCAGUACAGACAGUGAAUCUCUUCAGCCUGUAACACUUUGUGGCUGUCAACUUCCUUACUAUCUUGUCAAUCCUUCUAUCAAAUAAACAGUAUUUGGAAGGGACCUGGGGUAGAAAUGUAUUUGCUGCUUCAGAAAUUUAUCCUUGCCUCACUCCCAUCUUUCUGUACACCCCUCACCCCUGCUGUGUUGGUCUAAAUGAUGAUUAUUCUAUGAAGCCCUGAGCUGUAGAUGUCAAAAGUAACUAUGGAAUGUGAUUAGUCCUCUGUGGGUGCUUUCUUUUUUUCCUCCUUUCUCUUUUGCUAUCUCCUUCUCCACUCUUCUUUUGGCUAAGUGGACAAGGUGAGGACAAAGAAUUGCCGCUUGCUUGGACUCAUGAUGUAUCUGUGACUGCGCUAUUAGCUGUCUCCUUUUUCCUUCCCAAAUGGAUAUAACAUUUUUUAAGUGUGGAAUACCCUUCUUGAUAAGUAGGUUUUAAAAAAAUGCACAAUGUGGUACUGUUUCAUAGUUUCUAGGUGGUUGUAUAAAACAAAGUCAACUGUGGUUAUGUGUUUUUAAAAGGAAAAAAAGUGAUUGGUUACUAAAUCUGUCCUUUUUUCAUUAUUACAAGCUCUUUGUUUUCCAAUGA